GAGGUGGACACGCCAGGGAACGACAAGGAUGAGGUUGAUGUUGCCAACAAGGGAGAGCCUGAUGAUGAAGGAAACGCCAACGCGGAGGCCCAGACGCCGCAGGAUCCGAAGUCGCGGGCGCGGGUGCCGCGGCCGUAUUUGGAGAUCGAAACUGGGGAUGAGGAGGAGAUGACCUCGCCGGAAUACAGCGAGCGCCGGAUCUCGCUGGACCUGACGCCUUUGUCCUGCAAGUCCACCGACAGCUCCGCAGAGUAUCACCAUCCCAACCAGACCAUCAUCAUCUUCGACUGGGAUGACACGAUCUGCCCGUCCACCACCUGCAUGCGGCAGCACGGCUUGUCCGUGCUGGGCCCCCGGCCCAGCGGCGAGCUCGCGGCGCGGCUGGAGGAGCUGGCACAGGAGGCGAAGCAGCUGAUCGAGAUGGCCGCGACGCUGGCCGACAAGGUGGUGGUGGUGACCAAUGCCGAAGAGGGCUGGGUGGACCUCAGCUGCCGGGCAUGGUUGCCGAGCCUCCUAGAGACCGUGUCGAAGUGUGAGGUGGCCUCGGCUCGCUCUCAGUUCGAGCCGACGGGGAUCUCCUCCCCAGCGGGAUGGAAGGCGCGUGCCUUCGAGGAGGUCAUCGAGCGCUUCUACCAGCGGUACCCAAACCAGUCGUGGAAGAACAUCAUUAGUAUCGGUGAUGCGCCACACGAGCGAGAGGCUCUAGCUCGCGUGGUGCGGAUGGCGCCCUUCUUCCGCGGCAAGCGAUGCAGGUCGAAGAGCGUGAAGUUUGUGCUGCGCCCGAGCGUUGAGCAGCUGGUGAGGGAGCUGCACAUGCUGCAAGACAGCCUCAAGGAGAUAGUGCUGCAUGACGACAACUUGGACCUGCACUUCAACGUGGAGGCCCUCGCCGAUCCGUGCCUGAACUAGCCGGGCCCGGCGAGCGCGGCACCCGAGGCGAAGGCCGGUUUGAAGCAAACCGCCGGGCAGAACCCGUUGCAUGCCUUCGGGCGCUGGCGGAACACAAGUCGCUUUGCCCAAAAC